AACAGUCGGGUUUCUAAGGGGUCGGGGCGGACCCGCCCCGAGAAAGUUUGACAGGAAGGAAAUCCUCUUUAGUUUCUGGGAAUCGAAUAGUCAAACUCAAAGGUGUUGACUUAAAAAUGUCAAACUGGACCUUGCUCCGCCACAGCCGUAGCUGUCUUUCGCGGUUUAAAACGCAGCGUUUUCAGAAAAAUGCACCUCUAGGAUCGUCAUUCUCCACCUCCGACGAGGCCCAAGCUGACAAUGAGAUUCCAGUCCAAGCAGCACCGCCGCCGGUCCAGGUCCAGCUCACGGAGUCAUCCGGCCGAGGAGUUUUCGCUACUAGGAGAAUUAGCGCCGGAGAGCUCUUACACACGGCUAAACCCCUCGUCUCUUACCCUUCUCUCUCUACCAUCCAAAGUGUCUGUUAUUUCUGUCUCAAAAAGGUUAAAAAUUCUGCAGUUGAUCAAUCUCCAAGUGUUGCUUUUUGCAGUGAGAAGUGCGAAGAACAAGCUAAGUCUUUCCUUGGUGUCGAGGGCAAAGCAGAUUGGGUAGAUUUUAAUGACUAUUGCCGGUCUCAUGGUUUAAAAUAUCCACUCCUAGUAAAGCGGUUUGCAUGUAUGGUCCUAUCAGGAGCCACAUCUGCUGACCUUCUCGACAUACUUCAGCCUGCUAUGUUGUCUCCUCGGAUGAUUUCAGAGAUGGAAGAAGGCUUUGAUAUCCUGAAGAGUGCUUUCAAAGUGGCAAAAUUUCCUGAUGAAAAGAUGGCAUUUUUAACCAAGCAAUGGUACACUGGAAUUCUGGCACGGAUUCGAAUUAAUGCGUUUCGAAUUGAGUGUGCUGGAGGACUUUAUGAAGAUCUUCUCCAAGCUGCUGCAGCCUCUGUAGAAGCUGAAGGUGCUGUAGGAAAUGCCGUUUAUAUGCUUCCUUCGUUCUAUAAUCAUGACUGUGAUCCCAACACCCACAUCAUAUGGAUAGAGAGUGCAGAUGCGAAAUUGAUGGCUCUGCGUGAUGUGGAGGAAGGUGAAGAGCUUCGGAUAUGCUACAUAGAUGCUAGUAUGGAUCGCGAUGCUCGUCAAACUUUCCUGUCCCAAGGGUUUGGUUUUCAUUGCACUUGUCUAAGGUGUAUGUCUGGUGAUUAAAAUGUGUUUCAAAGAGAAAGACUUUUGUAUUCGUGGGGUUGGGAGUGGGGAUGAGGCUUUUAUCGGCAUUGGCUUUUCUCUUCAGUAUAUUUUGAGUGUUUUUUUUAGGCAUAAUAGAAGAAAGAGAGAUCUAGGAGCUCCCUUUGGGAUCCUUGCUUUCAACAUGUUGAGAGAUUUAAUGAUUUCCCAAUGUUGAGUAUCAAACUUGGUUAUGGUCCUUUGAAAACUACAGUAACCACAGAACAAGAUCUCACAAAAAACAAUCCAAAGACAAAUAUAGUGAUGUCCCUAGCAAACUUUGAAAUAAGAUAUGACUUGGUUUGGCAA